AUGCCGGAUGACAUGCAUAUUAGAGAAUUGCUGAGCCGAUCGGAGGCGACAGGGAAGGGGAACUGCGAGAAAACCAGGAAGCGCUGUUGGAAGAAAAAUUAUAUACAAGAGCAGGUGCAUUAUUCUUCAAAGAACCGGCGUAUCAUCCCGGAAUCGAAAAAGGAGUUCCUACAACAAAUUCUUCCCAGGCCUAUAUCUAGGGAAACCAUGGUGACCAGAUUUCGGACCGGUGAAAGUGGUCAUAUGCAAGAGUUUGGCGUCGUAGGUGGAGACAGGUGGAGACAUUUUAUGACAGUGCUGCUUAGACAUUCUGGAUUGGUUGGGAACAUGCUGGGGAUACACAGCAUGCAUUUUGCGAAUGGAAAACGGGCAUUAUUGGGAAGGUUGAGUACCUCUGAAGAUGAUGAACGCCCCCCACCUGAUAACGAAAUCGCCCUUCAGCCAGAGCACCAGAACGGGAGCCAGGCAUCGUUAGAAGGCGAUGAGAAAAAACCAAAAAUCUGUCAAAAGAUUGACAUGGAUACAAACGAGAAACAUGAGCAGCUACUUCUGCAAGAACACAGGUCUGUGCAGCGGUCGGAUCUAAUGCUUACCCACAUGCCUAUUUUUACUGCUACUUCCUUCAGAAGCAGCUACAAGGGCGUACCAUACCUAUGGAACAAUGUGAAAACCCAAACCGACCUCCGAGAGCUGGAUAUCAAUGACUCUAAUAUGGUCCUUCACGAAACCGGAAUAUUCGUUGUUCCCUGGGGAUUAAGUGUUAGAGGAGAUGGAAGAAGAAAAAGUAUCAUCCGUUUCGAUCUCCCUUUGGACGUGAUUCGGACAGAACCAGACAAGUGCGUAUAUCUGGAAGAAUCAAGGCCAUAUAACCCCGACUCCUCUUGGAAAGACGAGGAGACGGCGUUGGACACUAGACUGCAAAGAUAG